AUGGCGACUCUUGAGCCAGGCACCAACAUCUGCGAUCUCCCCGGUGAUCCGUCGUUGAUCCUGACGACAAAUGUUGACUUGGGUGACAAGAAGAUGGAGAUCAUGAAAGCUUGUUCCAAGGCCAUUCAAGCGGCAACUGGCAAGCCCGAGGCCUACAUUGCCGUCAGCAUCAAUGACAAGGCCAGUGUCAUUUUUGGGGGCACGGACGAACCAACCGCCCUUGGUUGCCUCUACUCGAUUGGUGCCAUUGCUCAAGAAUCCAAUGGCAAGAUUCAGACAUCGGUGACGGAUUUGUUGGAACCCUUUGGUGUAUCGGAGAGCCGUAUCUACAUCAACUUUUUUGACAUGCCCCGAGCCAAUGUUGGAUGGAGCCGUAGAACAUUUGCUGGAUAGGUUUUGCACUAAGAUUUCCUCGUGUAGACCAAAGGCACACAAAAAAUACAAACAU